AUGGUUGAACAAGGCAGCGGGGAUGAGUGGACGUUUUUAGGACCCCCUGGUUUGCGGGAUGGUGGCUUGGCGGCUCCGCUGAAUCCGCCCACAGGGCAGCCGGGGUCAACCCCACGGAGGCUGCUGCGAACCAGCCCCAUAACCGACAAGAUUCCGACUUCCAACCCGUCCCGUCUCCCCUCGAACAUUCCCCUCCGAACCCUUCCUGUGCACAAUAACACCUCCCGAUCAUCCCGACAGGGCCAUUUCAUUGAUGAGCCCGCGAGUUCAGAGUCGGAGGACGACUCAGGGAACUCUUCGUGGACCGACACGGGCGACAUCGCCGAGCAGCUCGCCGGAGAAGAUCCCUUGCGCAAGCGAUUAAACGACGACGAAGCCCUUGCAGGUGUCAUCAAACGCCAUCCCAGACACAAAAAGAAAGUCCGAUACCAAGAGCCGUCUUCUAGCAGAAGCCGGUCAUCCUCUCGCUACACUGGCGCUGUUAGCAAAGAGGCAAUCCACAUCCCAACUGCUGCGCACCGUCACGUUAGCAAGGCAGAACAGCUACUGGCCACCAUCAUGACGGGCAGCUCGAGUUCCAUCCACGGCCUGACGGGCAAGCCGUUGAUUUAUUUUACUUCUAUUUUCGUUUCUUUGGGCGUGUUUCUCUUCGGAUAUGACCAGGGUGUGAUGUCGGGGAUCAUCACCGGUCCCUUUUUCAAGGAGUAUUUCCACCAACCUUCCAAUGCAGAAAUAGCAACAAUGGUUGCUAUCUUGGAAAUUGGUGCGUUAAUAUCGUCCCUCUGUGUUGGGCAUAUUGGAGAUAUUAUCGGGAGAAGAAAAACGAUUCUGUACGGAUCAAUGAUCUUCUUCGUUGGAGGUGGGCUGCAAACAGCCGCGACGAACAUGGUCAUGAUGAUGGUUGGUAGGUUUGUGGCUGGUUUGGGAGUUGGCAUGCUCUCAACUAUCGUCCCGGUAUAUCAGUCUGAAAUCUCACCUCCACACAACCGUGGAAAGCUCGCCUGCAUUGAGUUUACCGGCAAUAUUGUUGGUUACACGACCUCGGUGUGGGUGGAUUAUUUCUGUGGCUUCAUUGAGAGCAACACCUCAUGGAGGCUGCCCCUGAUGAUGCAAUGCAUUAUGGGAGGUCUUCUUGGUUUGGGUAGUCUGAUUAUCGUCGAAUCGCCCAGAUGGCUCCUGGACCACGACCAUGACGAGGAAGGUAUCGUGGUCAUUGCCAACCUGUACGGUGGCGGUGACAUUCACGAUCCCCGCGCUCGUGAGGAAUUCCGCGACAUUAAGAUGGACGUUCUCCUCCAACGGCAGGAAGGCGAGCGCACAUAUUCCGAGAUGUUCAAGCGGUAUGGCAGGCGAGUCUUUAUCGCCAUGUCAGCACAGGCCCUGGCCCAGCUCAACGGUAUCAACGUUAUCUCAUACUACGCGCCGAUGGUGUUCGAGUCAGCUGGUUGGGUUGGCCACGACGCUAUUUUAAUGGCCGGGUUCAACGGUAUCACAUACCUACUGUCGACAAUCCCGCCAUGGUACAUGGUGGACCGGUGGGGCCGGAGGCCUAUCCUGCUGUCCGGUGCUGUUAUGAUGGUCCUCUCGCUGUCAGCCAUUUCGUACUUUUUGUACAUCGACGUGCCAUCGACGCCAACAAUGGUUGUCAUCAUGGUCAUGAUCUACAACGCUGCGUUCGGAUACUCAUGGGGACCUAUCCCCUGGCUCUACCCCCCGGAGAUUCUCCCUCUCAAGAUUCGCUCCAAGGGUGCCAGUCUGUCAACGGCCACGAACUGGGCUUGCAACUGGUUGGUGGGUCAGAUGACACCCAUUCUUCAAGACUGGAUUCACUGGAGGUUGUACCUUGUCCACGCAUUCUGGUGUGCCGUUAGCUUCGUUGUUGUAUACUUUAUCUACCCAGAAACCCGCGGUGUCCGCCUCGAGGACAUGGACGCCCUCUUUGGCGACGCCACUCGCGCGCUGGGCACACCUGCUGGUUCGACGCCAGCCUUGCACGCCGAGUCCGAUCCGCUCGUGCGCUCCGGGUCGCCCAUUCCGCCCCUUGACAUCAGAGGCCGCGCCUCGCCGGCGAGAUUUGGACCGGGAAGUGCGAUUCCAGGACUGAACAUCGAUCCACCAACGUCGGUCGGUGAUCCCAAGGCCCAAUCCUCCAGGCAACAAAGUAGAGGAGGUUUGGGCGGUUGGUUGUCAAGGCUUAUGGGCCGUGGUGGCUCGAGUUCUAGCGGACAGUACGCUCCUAUCGAUCAAAGGGGUGAUUAG